UUCAGGGCACUGCUGACGAAAAGACUUUUCACAAGGUGCACCUUUAAACAGUGCUGAUGGUCAGCUGUUGGAAGCAUCUCAGCAAAAUACUUCUCUGGGACUUUAAAGAAAACGGCUACCUGCCUGAUCCCCAAACAAUUUGGAGAAUCAGCUUCCGUGGCCCUGGUGGAGCCUCGAUGGCCUUUCAGGACCUCUUGGAUCAAGUUGGAGGCCUGGGAAGAUUCCAGAUCCUUCAGAUGGUUUUCCUUAGUCUCUCCAGCCUCAUAGUGUACCCUCAUGUUUCGUUGGAGAACUUCACGGCAGCCGUCCCUGGUCACCGCUGUUGGGUCCACAUCGUCGACAAUGACACUGUCUCUGCUAAUGGCACUGGGAUCCUGAGCCAAGAGUCCCUCCUGAGAAUCUCCAUCCCGCUGGACUCAAACCUGAGGCCAGAGAAAUGUCGUCGCUUCAUCCAUCCCCAGUGGCAUCUCCUUCACCUGAACGGGACCUUCCCCAACACGAGUGAGUCAGACACAGAGCCCUGUGUGGACGGCUGGGUGUACGACCAAAGCUCCUUCCCCUCCACCAUUGUGACUAAGUGGGACCUGAUAUGUGAAUCUCAGUCACUAAAAUCAAUGGCCAAAUUCUUAUUCAUGGCUGGAAUGCUGGUGGGAAGCAUCAUAUUUGGUCAUUUAUCAGACAGGUUUGGGAGGAAGCUAAUUCUCAAGUGGUGUUUCCUCCAGCUGGCCGUUGCUGACACCUGCGCAGCCUUUGCGCCCACCUUUGUCAUUUAUUGUGUGCUACGCUUCCUGGCUGGCUGCUCUACCAUGAGCAUCAUGACAAAUAAUAUUAUGCUGCUUGUAGAAUGGACAGUGCCCCGAUUCCAAGCCUUGGGAAUAACUGUGGCAGUCUGCACGCCUUGCGUAGGACAGAUGAUCCUAGGAGGACUGGCUUUUGCCAUUCGAGACUGGUACACCCUUCAGCUGGUGGUCUCUGUACCAUUAUUUGUCUCUUUUCUUUUCUCAAGGUGGCUUGUAGAGUCUGCUCGGUGGCUGGUUAUCACCAACAAAUUCGAGGAGGGCUUAAAGGCACUGAGAAAAGCUGCACACAGGAACGGAAGGAAGAAUGCUGGAGAAGCCCUCACCGUGGAGGUUUUGAGAUCCAGCAUGCAGGAGGAGCUGGAGAUAGCACAAGAAAAACCUUCCGUGCCUGACUUGUUCCGCACGCCCAUCCUGCGCAAAAGGAUCUGUUUAUUGUCCUUCGUGAGAUUUGCAACUUACAUGCCCUUUUAUGGCCUGAUUCUCCACCUCCAGCACAUUGGGAACAAUGUUUUCCUGUUCCAGGUUCUCUUUGGCAUGAUCAACCUCCCCGCCAAUUACGUUGCCCUUUUGGCACUGAAUCAUAUGGGCCGUCGAGUAAGCCAGAUGAUUUUCGGGUCCUUACUUGGAAUCUUCAUUCUGACCACCACGUUUCUGCCUGAAGAAAUGCAGACUCUGCGUGUUACUUUGUCAACUUUGGGAGUAGGAGUUUCUUCUGCAGCUCUCAUGAGUUCUUCUGCCCAUGGAAAUGAACUAAUCCCUACCAUAAUCAGGGCAACAGCGACAGGAAUCCUGGGAAUUGCUGCUAACUUUGGAGCAGCCCUGGCUCCCCUCUUGAUGAUCCUAACUGUGUAUUCUCCCCACCUGCCCUGGAUCAUGUAUGGAGUCUUCCCCAUCCUCUCUGGUCUUACUGUUCUCCUCCUUCCUGAAACCAGGAAUCGGCCUCUGCCUGACUUCAUCCAGGAUGUGGAAAAGGAGAGAGAAGACCUAAGAAAAACAAAGAAGGAAGAUACCUUCAUGAAAGUGACACAGUUUUAAGGAGUUCCAGUAACGAACUGCUAAUCAAGGAGCAAGACAGAGGAAGGAAAGUCAGGAUCAUCCCCAGAUACUGGAAAGAUCUGUAAAAUAAACAAAACAAAAAGCUAUAAAGGAAA